CCCUGGCGUGGGGCCCGCGGCCGGAGAAUGACCGUGGCCUGAGUGACCCUGGGGGUCUGCAUCGGCUGAGUCCAGCCGGAGAGGCGGAUACCAGGCAGGGGCGGGCAGGCCACGCGUUGCCGGGUCCGGGGGGGCCCGGCGGGGCCGGGACGGACUGCGGGAGCACGAUGCCCGGGCAGGAGGAGGACAGGGCCUUCCUGGCGGCCCGCGAGCAGCUGGCGAGCGCCCUGAGGAGGGAUUCCGGGCAGGCCUUCAGCCAGGAGCAGCUCCGGCCGCUGCUGGACCCGUCUGUACCGCUGGCCGCCCGCUACCUGCACCUGGACGCCGCGCGCCUGAUCCGCAGCAACGCUCACGGGGAGCCCCAAAACUACCUCAGCACCCUCUCCACCGCCCUGAACAUCCUGGAGAAGUACGGCCGCAACCUCCUGAGCCCGCAGCGGCCGCGGUACUGGCGUGGGGUCAAGUUUAACAAUCCGGUCUUCCGCAGCACGGUGGAUGCGGUGCAGGGGGGCCGGGAUGUUCUGCGACUCUAUGGCUACACCGAGGAGCAGCUAGACGGCCUGAGCUUCCCGGAGGAACAGAAGGAGCCCAAUGAGCACCGAGUGGCCGCAGUUACUCUGGAAGUGCUGCUGCUCAGAACCGAGCUCAGCCUGCUGCUACAGGAUGCUAAGCUAAGACAGCAAGUACUGGAGCAGCUGCUGAAAGACAACACUGAAGACGAUGUACUACAGCUCUCAGAGUUUGCACCACUGCUGAAAGAGAUGGCACCUGGUGCCCUCUCUGGCCCCGCUGUCCCAGGCCCCACUCCUGGCCCCUGCUUCCUCUGCGGUUCUGCCCCAGGCACACUGUACUGCUCAGCCUGUAAACACACCCUGUGCCCAGCUUGUGAUCGCCUCUUCCAUGGCCACCCGUCCCGUGCCCUCCACCACCGCCAGACCCUGCAUGGGCCCCCCCAGCUGACUCCCAAUUUACCAGCCUCCGCUCCAUCUCAGCCUCAGCUGACGUCCCUGCCGGCCCUGGGAAAUGGUUCUGUUUCUUCCCCUGAUCCUGCAAGCACACGUCUGCCAUGGCAGUGUGCCGCCUGCACAAUGAUAAAUGGACCCCGGGCAGUGCUCUGUGCGGCCUGUAACCGGCCCAGAGCCUGUAAGGGGUUGGGCUCAGGGACUGACGGGUCCCAAGUUGCUGGGGGUCAGGAACCUGAGCUGGCCCGGGGUAACUGGGCCUGCCAGAGCUGCACCUUCGAGAAUGAGGCGGCCGCUGUCCUGUGUGCCGUCUGCGAGCGACCUCGACUGGCUCAGCCUCCUAGCUUGGUGGCAGACACCCCAGACGCUGACAUUCGCCUACAGCCCCUUCAGGGGAAUACGUUGCUCUCCUCUGCCCAGACUCAUUUCUGGUACUGCAGUCACUGUACCUUCUGCAACUCGGGCCCUGGCUGGGUGUGUGCGGCGUGCUACCGGACCAGCGACCCCAUCCCAGUCCAGCACGCCCCCCGGCCCCAUGCCAGAUCUUUGGACGAGGGCCUCCAUGAGCCAGGACUUCCACGACGCCUCAGUGCCCCCCUGCCCAGUUCUGGUGGGGACUCUGAGAAACAGCGCCAGGACAAGAUGCGGGAGGAAGGUCGCCAGCUUGUGAUGAAGAUCCGGGAAGGGGAAGCUGCAGGUGCCUGCCCAGAGGAAGUCUUCUCGGCCCUGCAGUACUCCGGGACCGAGGUGCCCUUGCAGUGGCUGCGCUCAGAGCUGCCCUACGUGCUGGAGAUGGUGGCCGAGCUGGCUGCGCAGCAGGACCCGGGGCUGGGAGCCUUUUCCUGUCAGGAAGCCCGGAAGGCCUGGCUGGAUCGGCACGGCAAUCUCGACGAAGCUGUGGAGGAGUGUGUGAGGGCUCGGCGCAGAAAGGUGAAGGAGCUGCAGGCCCUGGGCUUUGGGCCUGAGGAGGGCUCUCUGCAGGCAUUAUUCCAGCACGGAGGCGAUGUGGCCCGCGCCCUGACGGAGCUGCAGCGCCAGCGCCUAGAGCCCUUCCACCAGCGCCUCUGGGAUAGUGGCCCUGAGCCCACCCCCUCGUGGGAUGGGCCUGAUAAGCAGAGCCUUGUCAGGCGGCUCCUGGCGGUCCAUGCCCUCCCCAGCUGGGGCCGGGCAGAGCUGGCGCUGUCACUACUGCAAGAGACACCCAGGAACUAUGAGCUGGGGGAUGUGGUGGAGGCCGUGAGACACAGCCAGGACCGGGCCUUUCUGCGCCGCUUGCUUGCCCAGGAGUGUGCUGUGUGUGGCUGGACCCUGCCCCGCAACCGGAUGCAGGCCCUGACUUCCUGUGAGUGCACCAUCUGCCCUGACUGCUUUCGCCAGCACUUUACCAUCGCCUUGAAGGAGAAGCACAUCACAGACAUGGUGUGCCCCGCCUGUGGCCGUCCCGACCUCACCGAUGACACACAGUUGCUCAGCUACUUCUCCACCCUGGACAUUCAGCUUCGGGACAGUCUCGAGCCAGACGCGUAUGCACUGUUCCACAAGAAGCUGACCGAGGGAGUGCUCAUGCGGGACCCCAAGUUCUUGUGGUGUGCCCAGUGCUCUUUUGGCUUCAUAUACGAGCGGGAGCAGCUGGAGGCUACGUGUCCCCAGUGUCGCCAGACCUUCUGUGUGCGCUGUAAACGCCAGUGGGAAGAGCAACACCGGGGCCGGAGCUGCGAGGACUUUCAGAACUGGAAACGCAACAACGACCCGGAGUACCAGGCCCAGGGGCUGGCGAUGUAUCUUCAGGAAAAUGGCAUCGACUGUCCCAAGUGCAAGUUCUCGUAUGCACUGGCCCGAGGAGGCUGCAUGCAUUUCCACUGCACCCAGUGCCGCUACCAGUUCUGCAGUGGCUGCUACAAUGCCUUUUACGCCAAGAACAAAUGCCCAGACCCGAGCUGCAGGGUUAAGAAGUCCCUGCACGGCCACCACCCCCGAGACUGCCUCUUCUACUUGCGCGACUGGACGGCUCUCCGGCUCCAGAAGCUGCUACAGGACAACGAUGUCUUAUUCAACACAGAACCCCCCGCUGGUGCCCGGGCUGUCCCUGGAGGUGGCUGCCGAGUGAUGGAGCAGAAAGAGGUUCCCAACGGGUUCCGGGAUGAAGCUUGUGGCAAGGAGACUCCAGCUGGCCAUGCUGGCCUCUGCCAGGCACACUACAAGGAGUACCUUGUGAGCCUCAUCAAUGCCCACUCCCUGGACCCAGCCACCCUCUAUGAGGUGGAGGAGCUGGAGACGGCCGUGGAGCGCUACCUGCACGCGCGCCCCCAGCCACUGCCCGGCGAGGAUGCCCCCAACUACCACGCCCGCUUGUUACAGAAGCUGAAAGAAGAAGUACCCCUGGGACAGAGUAUCCCCCGCCGGAGGAAGUAGUCGAGGGAAGGGGCUGCUGGUCCCAGGCCCGGCUCUGCAGGACUCACUUGCACACCAAUAAAGAGGCCUCUCCUUGCCCACGCUUCUCGGUGGUCCUUCUUCCUAAUC